AUGGCAUCGACGUACUACGAUGUUGGCACGAGAGCGUGGCAGCCCGACGCUGCCGAGGGCUGGGUCGCCUCGGAGCUCGUCAGCAAGAACAUAGAGGGCACCAAAGCCAAGCUCGUCUUCAAGCUUGACAAUGGCGAGACCAAGACCAUCGAGGUGCCGGCCGAAGGCCUUCAGACCGGCAACGACCCCUCCUUACCCCCCUUGAUGAACCCUACCAUGCUCGAGGCCAGCGAUGACCUCACCAAUCUUUCCCAUCUCAAUGAGCCCGCCGUCCUCCAAGCCAUCCGGCUACGAUAUAUGCAGAAAGAAAUAUAUACAUACAGCGGAAUAGUUCUCAUCGCGACAAACCCCUUUGCCCGAGUCGACUCCCUAUAUGUGCAUGGAAUGGUGCAGGUGUACGCGGGGAAGCAACGGGCAACGCAGGCACCCCACCUGUUUGCCAUUGCCGAGGAAGCCUUCAUGGACAUGAUUCGAGAUACCAAGAACCAAACCAUCGUGGUGUCUGGUGAAUCCGGAGCAGGCAAGACGGUCAGCGCAAAGUAUAUUAUGCGCUACUUUGCGACCAGAGAAUCCCCUGAUAAUCCCGGGACUCGAUCCAAACGCGGAACCGAGGCCAUGAGCGAAACUGAAGAGCAAAUCCUCGCCACGAACCCCAUCAUGGAAGCAUUUGGCAAUGCGAAGACGACGCGCAACGACAACUCGUCCAGAUUCGGCAAGUACAUUGAGAUCAUGUUUGAUGACAAAACCAGCAUCAUUGGAGCCAAAAUCCGAACAUACCUGCUUGAGCGGUCACGACUCGUCUUCCAGCCGCUCAAGGAGCGCAACUACCACAUCUUUUACCAGCUCGUCGCCGGCGCGUCCGACAAGCAACGCCAGGAGCUCGACAUUCUUCCCGUCGACCAGUUUGAGUAUCUGAAUCAGGGAAACUGCCCGACCAUCGAUGGCGUCGACGACAAGGCCGAGUUUGAGGCCACGAAGAAGUCGCUGCAUACGAUUGGCGUUUCCGACACCCAACAGGCCGACAUCUUCCGCCUUUUGGCCGCCCUGCUGCACAUGGGCAACGUCAAGAUUACGGCGUCGCGCAACGAUAGUGUCCUUGCGCCGACGGAACCGUCGCUGGAGCGAGCUUGCGGCAUCCUCGGCGUGAACGCAACCGAGUUUGCGAAGUGGAUCGUCAAGAAGCAGCUCGUCACCCGCGGCGAAAAGAUCACGUCCAACCUAAGCCAGGCGCAGGCCAUCGUCGUGCGCGAUUCCGUCGCCAAGUUCAUCUACUCCAGCUUGUUUGACUGGCUGGUCGACAUCAUCAACCACAGCCUGGCCACCGAGGAUGUUUUGAACCGUGUGCAAUCCUUCAUCGGCGUGUUGGACAUUUACGGAUUCGAACACUUUGCCAAGAACUCGUUCGAGCAGUUCUGCAUAAACUACGCCAAUGAAAAGCUGCAGCAAGAGUUCAAUCAGCACGUCUUCAAGUUGGAGCAGGAGGAGUACUUGAGAGAGCAAAUCGACUGGACCUUUAUCGACUUUUCCGACAACCAACCCUGCAUUGAUCUCAUCGAAGGAAAAAUGGGCAUCCUGUCUCUCCUCGACGAAGAGUCUCGCCUUCCCAUGGGUGCAGAUGACCAGUUCGUCACGAAAUUGCAUCACAACUUCACGGCGGACAAGCAGCACAAAUUCUACAAGAAGCCGAGGUUCGGGAAAUCAUCCUUCACCGUUUGCCAUUACGCCAUAGAUGUCACGUACGAGUCGGAGGGUUUCAUCGAGAAGAACCGAGACACGGUGCCGGAUGAGCACAUGACCAUCCUCCGAGCCACGGCCAAUCCGUUCCUGAAGGAGGUGUUGGAGGCAGCAUCGGCGGUGAGGGAAAAGGACCUCGCCUCGGCCUCGUCGAAUGCCGUGAAGCCCGCUGCUGGGAGAAAGAUCGGUGUCGCCGUCAACAGGAAGCCCACGUUGGGCGGCAUCUUCCGGUCGUCGCUCAUCGAGCUCAUGAACACCAUCAACAACACCGACGUCCACUACAUCAGGUGCAUCAAGCCGAACGAGGCCAAAGAGGCGUGGAAGUUUGAGGGCCCGAUGGUUCUCAGCCAGCUGCGCGCCUGCGGCGUUUUGGAAACGGUCCGGAUUAGCUGCGCGGGAUAUCCGACCCGUUGGACGUACGAGGAGUUUGCCCUGAGAUACUACAUGCUUGUGCACUCGAACCAAUGGACGUCCGAAAUCCGCACCAUGGCCAACGCCAUCCUGACCAAGGCCUUGGGCACGAGCACCGGCAAAGGUCUCGACAAGUAUCAGUUGGGCUUGACCAAGAUUUUCUUCCGGGCGGGCAUGCUUGCGUUCCUCGAGAAUCUCCGGACGACGCGCCUCAACGAUUGUGCCAUCCUCAUCCAGAAGAAUCUUCGGGCCAAGUUCUAUCGUCGUCGCUACUUGGCGGCUCGCGACUCCGUCAUCCUCGCCCAGUCCGUCGCCAGGGCUUUCAUUGCAAGGAAACAAGCCCAGGAACUGCGCGUCGUCAAGGCGGCCACGACCGUUCAGCGUAUCUGGCGCGGACAGAAACAACGAAAACUAUUCCUCCGCAUCAGGCAGGACAUGACGUUGAUCGAGUCAGCUGCCAAGGGCUACCUGCGCCGGAAACACAUCAUGGAAACUCGGGUGGGCAACGCCGCCAUCAUCAUUCAAAGAGCAUGGCGCUCUCGGCGACAGCUGCAGACGUGGAGGCAGUACCGCAGGAAGGUUGCCUUGGUUCAGAGCCUCUGGCGCGGUAGGAUGGCCCGCCGCGAGUACAAGACGAGGCGCGAGGAGGCGCGCGACCUGAAGCAGAUCUCGUACAAGUUGGAAAACAAGGUUGUCGAGUUGACGCAGUCUCUUGGUUCGAUGAAGGAGAAGAACAAGAACAUGACCUCCCAGGUGGAAAACUACGAGAGCCAGAUCAAAUCGUGGAAGUCUCGCCACAACCUCCUCGAGGCUCGCACCAAGGAGCUGCAGACGGAGGCCAACCAGGCGGGCAUUGCGGUGGCCAAGCUUCAGGCCAUGGAGGACGAGAUGAAGAAGUUGCAGCAAGCGUUUGACGAAUCGUCGGCCAACAUCAAACGGAUGCAGGAAGAGGAGAGGGAGCUCCGUGAGUCGCUCCGGCUGACCAACUCGGAGCUGGAAGCGGCCAGGCGGACGAGCAGCGACCACGAAAAGGACAAUGCCAGCCUGCGCCAGGAGCUCGAGGCCCUGAGGGACGCGCUCGAGGUGGCGAAGCGAGCGGCUCCUGUCAACGGAGAGCUGACGAACGGAUCGGGCGCGCCUGCGGCAUCCGCCGGCCUCAUCAACCUCGUAUCGUCGAAGAAGCCGAAGCGCAGGAGUGCCGGAGCCGAGCCGCGGGAACUCGAUCGGUUCAGCGCCGCGUACAACCCCCGUCCCGUCUCGAUGGCCGUCACCAGCGGCGGUCAUCGACAGAACCUGACGGGCACGACGUACGUUUCGGGGUCCGACAACAUCGAGAUGGAGCUCGAGACACUCCUGGCGGACGAGGACGGCCUGAACGAGGAGGUGACGAUGGGCUUGAUCCGCAAUCUCAAGAUCCCUUCGCCCAACACGACGCCGCCGCCGUCGGACAAGGAGGUGCUGUUCCCUUCGUACCUCAUCAACCUGGUGACGUCGGAGAUGUGGAACAACGGGUUCGUGAAGGAGUCGGAGCGAUUCCUCGCCAACGUGAUGCAAUCGAUUCAGCAGGAGGUGAUGCAGCACGACGGCGACGAGGCCAUCAACCCCGGCGCGUUCUGGCUGUCCAACGUGCACGAGAUGCUGUCCUUUGUCUUCCUGGCCGAAGACUGGUACGAGACGCAGAAGACGGACAAUUACGAGUACGACCGGCUGUUGGAGAUUGUCAAGCAUGACCUCGAGAGCCUCGAGUUCAACAUUUACCACACGUGGAUGAAGGUGCUCAAGAAGAAGCUGCAGAAGAUGAUCAUCCCGGCCAUCAUCGAGUCGCAAUCCCUGCCCGGCUUCAUCACGAACGAGAGCAACCGAUUCCUCGGCAAGCUGCUGCAGUCGAGCUCGGGACCGGCGUACAGCAUGGACAACCUGCUGAGCCUCCUGAACAGCGUCUUCCGCGCCAUGAAGGCCUUUUACCUCGAGGAUUCCAUCAUCAUGCAGACGGUGACGGAGCUCCUGCGGCUCGUGGGCGUCACGGCGUUCAACGACCUGCUGAUGCGGCGCAACUUUCUGUCUUGGAAGCGAGGUCUCCAGAUCAACUACAACAUCACGCGCAUCGAGGAGUGGUGCAAGAGCCACGACAUGCCCGAGGGCACGCUGCAGCUGGAGCAUCUGAUGCAGGCGACGAAGCUGCUGCAGCUCAAGAAGGCGACGCUCAACGACAUCGAAAUCAUCCAGGACAUCUGCUGGAUGCUGUCGCCGAACCAGAUCCAGAAGCUGCUGAACCAGUACCUCGUGGCGGACUACGAGCAGCCGAUCAACGGCGAGAUCAUGAAGGCCGUCGCGUCGCGGGUGACGGAGAAAAGCGACGUGCUGCUCCUGCAGGCGGUGGACAUGGACGACAGCGGCCCGUACGAGAUUGCCGAGCCGCGGUCCAUCACGGCUCUCGAAACGUACACUCCAUCUUGGCUGCAAACACCACGCCUCAAGCGGCUAGCGGAAAUCGUCUCGGCGCAGGCGAUUGCGCAGCAAGAGAGGCUAGACUACGCCGACGGUGCCGGCUUCGACGGGCCGGAGCCUCUCCUGGAGGUGGACGAGACGGCCGAGGCCGGCGACGAGAUGGGCGGUGAGGCGGAGCACGAGCAGUAG